AUGUCGCUAAUAACAGAUGAUAUGGAUCUGGAGAAGGAGUACUCUCCCAGCAUGUGGUCAACGAGGUUCCCAUCGGCGCGGGACGUUCUUCAGCAUCAUGUUAACUUUGUUACAACAGAAAGUGAAGCUGCCACUAACAAUAUACCGCACAAGUUAGAAAUAGAGUACGGUUCAACACCAGGACAGAAGUUGGAUAUAUUGGGGACGGAUCUUCCAGAUGAUUCACCAAUUCUGGCGUACAUUCAUGGUGGCUACUGGCAAGAACUGUCGCGAGAGAUAUCCCGGUACCCUGCACAGCCGCUCCACAAGUCCAAAGUGAAAACUAUAGUGAUUGGCUACGACUUGUGUCCAGUCGCCACAUUGCCUGAAAUUGUCAAUCAAAUAUUAAAUGCAGCAAAGUUUGUCUUCGAAUAUGCUGAGAAGAUGGGUUCGAGAGGUGUAUACUUCGCUGGUCAUUCUGCUGGUGCACAUCUAGUCACAAAAUUAUUAUCAAAUGCAGACUUCCUAGAACAGACAUCAGGAUCACAUAGGCUUCAAGGGGCCUUCCUCAUCUCUGGCGUUUAUGACUUAAGGGAAUUAAUACACACAUCUGUAAAUAAUGCUGUACAGUUACCUCAGGAAUGGGCCGUCCCACUUUCACCUCUAUUCGACUGCUUCAACCAUCUCCAAGCUAGAAAAGUAAGGUUAUAUAUUUUAGCGGGGCAGAACGAUAGCCCGAAAUUCAAGAAACAAUCGAGAGAGUUCUAUGAACUUCUUUACAAUACAUGUUUAAUGCAAAAUAUGUACUUAGAAUUAAAGGAUAAUAUGGAUCAUUUCGAUAUUGUGGAAUGUUUUGCCAACGACGAUAAUUAUCUCAAGAAUCUAUUAGUACACGAUAUCCGUAAACAUUUAUAAGGCGCUCAAUAACAAAAGAAAUAGAUUAAUGAAAUUUUAUCAUUAUGUAAGUUUAGAUACGCUAGAUUAUUACUUACAUAUAUAUUUGUAAGAGAAGUGUUCAUAUGCGCUAUUAUAUAUAAGUGUUCAUGUGCUAUUUUCAUAAUAAUAUAUAAUAUAAUAUAAUAAUUAUUUUAAGCUACUUAAUAUAAACUUUGUUUUCAUGUUAUCGAAGUGUUGUUGUCUGUGUUGUAGUUUUAUAAGGAAGAUCGUAAAUAAAUUUAUGAAAUAAG